GUACUCCUAAUCCUGACUUCCUGCACAGUUUUAGUAUUUAGCAUCACUCAUCUACUGGUGUGGCACAGAAUUGGCGUGGCAGUUGUUAUUGAAUGCCUGCAAAACAUAAGUGAAAACGAUUGCGCCUGAGUGGUUGUCACAGCGCGAUGGCAGAAGGCUUUCCACUUGCGCAUGGGCCGCUGGACCGGCCUCUGUGCGCCGAGCCGAAGUCAGAAUGGGCAGAGCUACCAUCUGAGCUUCUGGAGGCGAUUGGAAGCCAGCUUACGGAGGGCUCUCAUAUGUUGAGUGCAAGCUUGGUGUGUAAAUCGUGGGCCAAAAGCAUAGCGACAGGUUUGACCGGCAUGGAAGUGGACAUGCACAGCGACCCCAGCAUGUGGCGGGCGAAGAUUGAGAAGCUGCAGAGCCUGCUGCGCAACCUGGGCAGCUGCGUCAUCCACGUCAACGCCUCCAUCACCGCCGACAUGCUCGUUAACAACCUGGCCCUGGUGCAGCAGCUGCACACCGUCACCGACCUGCGCCUGCAGCUGCGCGACGGCGCCGAGCUGCCGCCCGCCGCCGCCGCCGAGCUCGGCCGCAUGCGCCAGCUGUCGUCCCUCUCCGUCAUCGGCGGCGGGCUGGGCCGCGAAGCGGCCCAGGCCCUCCUCGCCGGCCUCGCCGCCGGCUGCGGCGCAGCCGCGCCGCCCGGCGGCGGCGGCAGCUGCGCUGCCGCCGGCGGAGCCGGCGGCCCCGCGGGGCAGCUUCGCUGCCUGACGCUGCUGCCUCAGAUCCAGCACGGGCUGUGCGAUGAGGACAUGGGGCUGCUGGCGCGUGUGAGCAGCCUGGAGCGGCUGGAGUUCCGCGCGCACCGGCUCAGCAGUGCGGGACUGGCGGCGCUGGGCGGCGGGCUGCCGCGGCUGGAGCGGCUGGCCAUCAGCUCGCUGGACAGCGACAGCGGGUACGACCUAGCCACCUUGGAGCGGCUGGCGACACUGGCGGAGCUAGAGCUGGCGCUGGACCAGGCGCCGCUUGGGAACCAGGGCCGCCGCGCGCUGUGUGCGGUGCGGCCGGGCCGCAGCCUGUCGCUGUCCUUCCGCUACACGGAGCGGGCGCAGGGGCUGCUGGCGGAGUGCGGCAACCUGCUGGGCAGCCUCACACACCUGGACGUGGGCGCGUGCAGGGUGGGCUCGGAGGCGCUGUUUGAGGCGGUGGCGGCGCUGACGGGGCUGCGCGAGCUGCGCAUGGCUGUGUACGCCAACACCGACCACUCCAUCCACUGCCAGCUCAGCCGCCUCAGCCGACUGGAGGCGCUGCAGCGGUUCGCGCUGGAGAAGCGCAAGGCGUACUUCCCCGAGGCCCGGCGCUUCGGCGAGAGUUCCAUCACUGUGCCGGUGACGGCCGCGGGGCUGGGCACGCUGGCGGCGCGGUGGACGCGGCUGCACUCACUCCGACUGGCGCUCAGCCGCCGCGAUUACAACCCGGAGAGCCUGGCGAUGCUGUCCAGCUUCACAGGGCUCCGCGAGCUAGGCCUGGUGGUGGAGAGGUACCCGGGCGGCGGCAACAGCAGCAACAGCAACAGCAGCAUGGUGGCGGGCUCGCCAGGCGCCUACGCAGACCCACAGCAGCUCAGCACCAGUGCCGGCGCCGGCGCCGGCGCAGCCGGCACCACCAUCGACAGUGUCGGCGCCGGAGGCGGCGGCGGCGCCGGAGGCGGCAUCGGCUGCAGCCCGGGUAGCGCGGGCGCGGGCCUGGGCCACGGGCGGCUGUUCCGCCGUGAGCCGCCGCCCACACUGGACCUGGCGUGGCUGCCUGUGGGGCUGCAGGCGCUGGAGCUCAACAGCCUGCUGUUGGAGCUGAGCGCGCCGCCGCCGGAGGCGCUGCCGCCCCCGGGCGGGGAUGAUGAUGGUGGAGAGGGAGGGGAGGGAGGAGCGGAGGAGGAGGAGGAGGAGGAGGAGGAGGAGGAGGAGGAGGAUCAGGAGGGGGGGCUGGGGGACCGGAUGGAGGACGUGUUGGUGCUGGAGGAAGAGGAGGAGGAACGGGAGUGGGAGGGGGACCGCGAAGGAGGAGGAGGCGCGGCGGCUGGAGCCGGCCUGGGGAUGCUGCCUGGGCCCGGGGGGCGUGGACUGGGGCUGGCGCUGGGAGCGGGCCUGGCGCUGCCCUACCCCAGCCAGGACGGGAACCGGGUCGCGCUGCCAGUCCCGCUCAUCGCCGCGGCGGCACGCGCCGCGCUGCCAGCACCCGCUGCCUCUGGCCCACCGGCGCUGCCCGCGCUGCCCCCCUGUGAAGAGACGUCGCCGACGCCGCGCCCGCUGCCGGCUCCGGCGGCGAGGCCGCCGCUGCCGCCCACGCGUGUGCCACGGCCGCGGCUGCCGCUGUCGCAGCUGACGUGCCUGGACGUGGAGUCGUGUGUGGUGCGGCCGCCGCUGCUGGCGGAGGUGGCGCGCCGCUGCGGCUCCACGCUGCGCUCCCUGCGCCUGGCGGGUGUGGUGGGCCUCACGGACGCCGCGCUGGCAGACUGCCUGGAGCAGUUGCCGGCACUGCGGUCACUGGCCAUCAGCGCCGCCGGCAACCGCGCAGUGACGCAAGCCUGUCUGGCCGCGUUGUCCGGCGGCCGCCGCGCUCCCUCCAACUCCAGCUCUAGCCCCAGCUCCAGCUCCAGCACCGCCUUUCUGCGCCUGCCGCUGCCGCUGCGCGGCGGCCCCAGCCUGGGCCCAGCCCACCCGCUGCGCGCCCUCUCUCUGGAGACGGACGACCUGACCUCGCGCGGCCCCCUGCUGGCGGUGCUGGCGCCGCUGAGCGCGCUGCGGCACCUGCGGCUCAGCUGCACCGACAAGACCGCGGAGCGGGCGCUGGGCAGCCUGCGCGUGCUGCAGGACGCUCUGCCGUACUGCCACUGCGACAUGGUGUGGACCACGCCGCGCGAUGCGGGCCUGGACUGAGGCUGGAGCGAGCCCGUCAGAGCAUGAAGGCACCGUGGGAAGUUGCAGAAGUAGUGGCUGCGUAAGGCAUCGGCUUUCAGGGGCAUCGUUCUCUAUGAUGUGGAUGGGACUACCAUAUGGUGCUUUCGUAACACGCAAUUGGCUAGCGCUUAUUGUAAUGGAAAGGCCUGCAUCGCCACGCUCCGGGAUAGUUCCUCUCAAUGAUUCAAAGGCUGGCUGCUUGCCUUGUCAACAUGUGAUACUCCUCUUUUGCUGUCGGCUGCAUUGGAUUGUGUUCGGUAGCCAAGUAGCAUGGAAACACCCGUGCUCAGGCGGUGGUGGAAGAAUGUGGAGGGGGGAAGAAGGUACAGGAAUAGGCUAGGUAGAAGCACACGGAGGAGACGCACGUGCGUGACGAGUGACGGAAUAAGCUUGUGAGCAACUCGAUUACAUCAGUAAUACGUGC